UAUAAAUUGUCGUGUUUAUUUAGUGUAAAAGUAUGUCAUGUGGGCAGUGCGCUAUAAAUGCGUAGCAGAAGCAGGAAAUGUAAUCUGAACCGUCCAAUCUCUAAGCCAUCGGACGGCUGAUAUAGCACACGCCAGUCUUCAUUAACAACGAAGUAAAAGAGGAUUCCCACUUUAGUAGGAUCUUCGUUCUUCUUCCCCCUUCCAAACAGAGUUCUGAUUUUCCCAACUCAACUGUGAAUUCGAAACCCUAGAAUUGUGGAAGAUAAUAUUUUUGAAGGAAAUGGAGGCGCCGGAGAGUCUCCCGCAGAUUCUGACACCGUCCGGCAGCGGGAGGAGGAGGAGCGGAGAUUCAAAUUCGCCGGAAUUCGAGUUUUGGAUGGUUCGGAACCCCUCCUUUCCGCCGCCGAAUCUCCUAUCGGCUGACGAGUUGUUUUCCGACGGCGUUCUUCUACCGUUGCAGGAUCUCCGCCUCUCCGACGACAUUCCGACUCCGACGGCGGGAGAUGGUGACGGAUCGGGGUUCGAUCGGUUGAUCUCUGAGCCUGAAUCUUCUUCGGCUGCUGAAUCGGCGCAACUGUCGGCGAGUUCUGCGUUCACUUCGUCGAAGCGGUGGAGAGAUAUUUUUAAGAAGAAGUUAAGCGCGGAGGUUAAUGGAGAUGAACAUAGUAGUAAAGCGAAGGAGGUUAGUGUUUUUGCUAAAGGAAAGAGGAGAGAGAAGAAGAAUAGCAGCGGAGGUAGUGGAGUGAGCGCGGCGGAGCUUAAUAUCAACAUAUGGCCGUUCCGGCGGAGUAGAUCCGCCGGAAACGGAGGAGCUAGGCCGCGGUCAUCAGCGGCGACUCGGAAGGUGAGUAGCGCUCCAUGUUCGAGGAGCAACUCCGCCGGCGAGUCAAAGUCGAGGAAGUGGCCGAACAGUCCCCGCAGAGGCGGCGGCGGCGGCGUUCCCGUGGGAAGAAGCAGUCCUGUUUGGCAGGUCCGCCGCAGCGACGGCGGAAAUAACCGCAAACCGGAGACCGCAGAUAGCGCCACAAACAACCACCACCGCCGGAAAAUCCCCGCCGCCCUCGGUGCGUCGAAAGUCAAGGCAUUCACCUUAAAUGUCCCGACGUGCAUUGGCUAUCGGCAUCACUUGAGUUGUAGAAGCGACGAGCACACCACCACCGGCAACGGCGCCCCCGCCGCAACCCACGGUGGCGCCGACGCGACACGUAGCAGCAAUUUACUCAAUAUCAGAAGCCUAUUUACCAAAAAGGUGUAUUAAUCAAUUCCCUUGUAAUCCACAACCACUUUUUUCCCCUCUUUAAUUUCCUCGCCCCAUAUGCUGUAGUUAAUAUAUAUAUGAAAUUAGUAAUUUCAGAGCUCCAUGAUGGGACUGGAAAUCAGUCCAUAUUAUUAGCAUUAAUUAUCACCGAUUAAGCACAGUUUCUGACUAAUUAAAUGGUAUUGUUUAGUACUAUCAUCAGCAUCAGUAGAAGAAAAUAGCAAUCAGAACUGACAUAAUUUGUGCAGAAGAACA